AUGAACGUGACGAGUUUAUUCUCCUUCACCAGCCCAGCAGUGAAGAGGCUGCUGGGAUGGAAGCAGGGGGACGAAGAAGAAAAAUGGGCAGAGAAAGCUGUCGAUGCCUUAGUAAAAAAACUGAAGAAGAAAAAAGGUGCUAUGGAGGAGCUGGAAAAAGCCUUGAGCUGCCCCGGGCAGCCCAGCAACUGCGUCACGAUCCCUCGCUCCUUGGACGGCAGGCUGCAGGUGUCCCACAGGAAGGGGCUGCCCCACGUCAUCUACUGCCGCGUGUGGCGCUGGCCAGACCUGCAGAGCCACCACGAGCUGAAGCCCCUGGAGUGCUGUGAGUUCCCCUUUGGCUCCAAGCAGAAGGAAGUGUGCAUCAACCCCUACCACUACAAGCGGGUGGAGAGUCCCGUCCUGCCCCCCGUGCUGGUGCCGCGGCACAGCGAGUACAACCCCCAGCACAGCCUCCUGGCCCAGUUCCGCAACCUGGGGCAGAACGAGCCCCACAUGCCCCACAACGCCACCUUCCCGGACUCCUUCCAGCAGCCCAGCAGCCACCCCUUCCCCCACUCGCCCAACAGCAGCUACCCAAACUCGCCUGGGAGCAGCAGCAGCACCUACCCCCACUCUCCAGCCAGCUCGGACCCGGGGAGUCCUUUCCAGAUGCCAGCUGACACUCCUCCUCCUGCUUACCUGCCUCCGGAAGAUGCGAUGACACACGAUACCUCCCAGCCCAUGGACACCAACAUGAUGGCACCUGCCAUGCCCCCUGACAUACACAGAGGAGAUGUCCAGGCAGUGGCCUACGAAGAGCCGAAGCACUGGUGCUCCAUUGUCUACUACGAGCUGAAUAACCGCGUUGGGGAGGCCUUCCACGCCUCUUCCACCAGCAUCCUGGUGGAUGGCUUCACUGACCCCUCCAACAACAAGAACAGGUUUUGCCUGGGGCUGCUCUCCAACGUGAACCGCAACUCCACCAUCGAGAACACCAGGCGGCACAUCGGCAAAG